AUGCAUUCGGGUUGUUUUGGAUCCGGUCGAAUUUCCGCUCGGGAGGGUCAAAAGUUGAGGUUUGGUGCGCGAAUCGUCAAAGCAAUUGGGUAAUUGAGUGGGGUAAGAAUUUUGCCAGAAGGUUUAGCGUUCUUUGUAUCUGCUCGUGGUUCCAUUUGAUGACUAAACUUGACCUUUCAGGCAGCUAGGAAAACCGCGGAUAUUGUUCGGGCAUGUUUGGAAAUCAGCCAAAAUUUGCUUACAAAAGGAAACUCUAACGAUGGAUUAGUUUACUGGUGUAUGAGAGGUUUGAAUAGUUACCACAAGAAUAACGAGGCAUUUUCUGAGGUUCAGAAACCAUUUUUUUAAAACAAACUCCUAUAACUUUGCAGAUUGGUUGGCCGCAAGAGUCGCGGCGCACAUUUGAUAGGGCACCAUCACCUUUGAGUCUGAAAAGACCGGCAAGUCUUGCCGGCAUGGUCAGAUUUUUACCACGGUCAAGCUGAGCCAGUCAGGAAUAGAUUUGUAUCAGCAUUAUGUGCUUAGAGCUUUAUAAAAAGGAAAGAAGUCGGGUAAAUUUUAGCGAAUGGACCUGGGCCACUUAAGAAAUUUUUGUUCGCCUCUGUUACGCAAAUUGAAAAUUUUUAAAACCCAUUACAAGAGUACCAGUGCAAAAUGGGACUACAAACCAUUUUAAGAAAUAAAUAAAUCUUUUCUUUCUUGGAAAUUAUAUGUAGUGACGUAUCUUCGAUACUUUGCAACUUACAUAUACCCGUUUGGGUUCCUGAGACAAAAUUAAUCCGGCCUAUAAGACAAAUUGGCAAUUGGAAGCUAGCGUGAGAAAGACAUAUUUGAUGUUUUUGUUGUCCCCGAAUAUCCGGCAUUUUGUUGCAAAAAAAAUGCCGGAUAUUCAGUGAAAAAUUUAGGUUCAUUCAGCGGAAUGGAAUUUGUAGUACUGUGUGUAUUCUGUUCUCUAUUUGCAUCUGUAAAUGUAAUUACCGCAUUGUACGGAAAUAUAAUUACAUACAGAAGUAAUAUCACUUGUCUAAACACCUGUCAAAAAGUCGUGUUGCAAAUUGCACGUCUCACCUAUACAGAUCCUUUUAACUGUGUAAUUCUUUGGUUUAAUUUUUUUUUAUUUUUGCUCGAUUACCCCAUGUUUGAAACAUUAUGGUUAGACGGGUAAUAUUCUGAAGAAAAAUUGUAUGGCAAAGGAUCAAAGACAUUUUUCGGCAACCCAGGGAGUCUCCCUCCUCGUUUCGGCACUUCGCACACCCAGUAUCGAACAAAUUCACACGAAAUGUCACAACAAAAUUUUUCGUGUGGUUUUUCGAAAGAAAAAUAUUUUUCUCGAAAUUAUUUUAUUGCUUUUGUCAGUUGUGACACUUCGUUUGGACGAAACUCAAAAGUGGGCGAGAGACAUUUUUGUUCUAUUUCGGUUUGCCGUACAGCGUUUGUUUCACAGAAGUUUCACUUUAUUUAAAUUUUACCCUAAACACAAGAGCCUCCAAAUUUCAUGUCCUUUGCGCAGUCUAAUACCAUCCACCUAGAUCAUGGUGCCUCUCCUUUCCGUUCGCCUGACCUUACGCGAUUUUACUCGAUCUUAAAUUCACGUGGAAUCAACGUAAUAGAAUGUAGAAGCAGUCACGUUUCAGGAUGAUAAAGAAAGUCUCGAUCGACGCGCAAGAGCGUGUUUGGCUGACCGAAGCCACCGACGCGGAAGGUGAUGCCGAUACAGAAGAGACGGAAGAAUCGUUGUCUUCAUCGGAAACCCCAACCAGUGACCAGGUCGUCAACGAAGAGCAGAUCAAGAAAACGCAGCGUCGAAUCAUGGGAGUUUUUGUGAUCUAUGUGGGAAGAUUAUGCGGAAUUCAUCCGGUAAAAGCGCCGUAUUUCUGUAGCACAACUGAAUGCAAAAAAUUGAAGUGAGCAUUUUUUGAGUCAUCAAUUUUUAAUUUUUUGAAACAAUAGUUUAAAAAAUAUAAUAAAUUCAAUUUUUUCAGAUUCCGCGAUCGUCUGAAUCUCUGGGAUAUCCUCAUUUGUCUGAUCAAUACGUUUGUUUGUUUGAAUCACAUUUACAUUCGAAUAUUUUCCUCCAAUUCCAAAGGGCUGUGGGCAAGUAAAGACCGAGCCAAAUGGCUUCAAACCCUUGUUUCGUAAGUUCCCCUGUUGAUUAUAGAAAAAUAAGCAAAUAUUUCGAAAUUCCCGAUCUAUGAAAUCCCAAAGAGCUAUUUACCAAGCCAAAAUUUCAAAACUGACAGCACUUAUUAGCGUCAAAAAGCUAAGUAACAAAUUUUAUUGUUUUCAGAUCAAGCGCCCCUUUAUUGGUGAUUAUGGCGACUUCCAUAACUUCGCCGGGGAUGGACCGGCUACUCUACCUUAUGUCCAAUAAAAAGCAAGACAUUAUCGAUUCGAACAAUAAGCAACGGAUUCGAAGAUGGACCUCGAUCAUGUUUAUUUUGAACAUCUCUUUUGGACUGGUCAUGCUCGUUCAUUUUUCACAGGUAAGCGCGCAUUCGCAGAGUUUUCUGGCCACGCAGAGUUUUCUGGCCACGCAGAGUUUUCUGGCCACGCAGAGUUUUCUGGCCACGCAGAGAGGGCUCGUAACGGCAUUACGUGAAUAAUGGGAUAUUGAAAUGAAUGUAAUACGCGUUUUAGUACCAUAGAGUAACGACGGAAUGAAAUGGGGAUAGGUUAGUUCAAAAUCCGAGCCAUAUUGGCCAAAAAGCGUUAGGAGCCCCGGUAUACCUUCCAAAAAAAUGUUAGCCAGUUGUCAAACCGACCAAGACUUUUGACGGGCUGAUUCUACGCGGUAAUACAUGUUUCGGCAUAAUUUUCCGAAUGGCAUUAGCCGUUUUUUGAUAGCUCUUACCAACCCUUAGAUACAUCAAUUUUCCAUGAGGUAGGUAUACUUUCUAUGUUUUUGUCGAACGAAAAUUUUGCAAUUUUUUCAGGUACUAACCCUCGACUUUAUUCACUACAACUUUCAUCGGACCAACGUCCUCGACAAUGACUUUCUUUUCCUCGAUGGCGAAGUCAAAGACGUCAUUACUAACGUAAGUCUAACCACUAACAUUGAACACUGAAAAGUCAUGUUUUGCUCAUUAAAAUCUCUUUAGUUUCUCCUCGAAGUCGACCGACGAUACUACAACUUGAUGGCAUUUAUGGUAAUGAAAGUCCCUCAGGUCAUGAUCAUGAUGAUCGCUAUUGAAAAUGGAUUGAUGUUUGCGGAAGCGCAGAGGGUCAUCGGCCGAAAAAAGCUGACUAAAGACAGAUUGACCAAGUUUUUCGAGGUGAGAAAGUGAAAAGAAAACCCUGAAUUUCAACGGGUUAUGAAAUUUUCUCUAACAUACAGUUGUCCAGUGUCAAAAAACUUACCAUUUUGCAUCCGGGAAGUAUCAAAAAAUGUAGCAAAAUGCCUCCCUCUCCAAGUGAAAAAACUCCCUUUUGAAGGGCAAUCCCUUUCCCUCACAAAAAGAGCAACUUUUUUUUAUGUUACUUGUACUACGGGGAUUGUUUGUUGUUUGGAAAAGGGUAUAUAUUUAUUUGAUACAGUGUAGAGGAGAAAAAGCUCUAUCAAAUAAAUAUAUUCCAUUUGCCAAGGAACAAAAAAGCCUUGUAAAACAAAGCAAUCAAAAAACGAACGAACUUUCUGGACGACCUAAUAGCUGAGAUACUUUUUGAUACCAAAUUUUGGUUUGACCUUGAUCUUUUAUUCUAUCUUCAUCCAAUGGAGGCUUUCACUGCUUGUGGUUAGGAAACUUUGAAUUUGUUUACAAGAUGUGGUACUUACAGUAUUACACUUUUUUUCAGGAAUUCCGACGAGUCGAGCGGAUCCAAGCCCAAUCCGAGCACACCUUCAACCGCACAGUUUUUGUCAUCCUCAGCGCCAAAUUAGCCGACAUGACUCUGCGUUGGUACAUUUUGAUGCGCUAUUUCACCAGCCCCUAUCGGCCAAAUGCCGAGCCCAAUAUGGCGAAGCUGGUUAUUGGCGAGACCCAAACAGAGCGGUGGAACGACGAGUUCUGGGAAUAUUUGGAGUUCUCCUUGCUUUUAAUCGGCUGGCUAAUGAGAUUUGUUUGGACGAUGAUGUUCGUCCUGUCCUUAAUAUACUGUAAUGAAAAGUCGAGGGAAGCGUUGCCGCUGAUUCUGAAUAAAUUAGCGCCGGAUGAUGCGAAAAAUGUAGUAAGUUAUCAAUAGGUUAAAAUUACCCUACAUAUCAAUCUCCUAAUGGUAAAAAAAACUAAUUUUCCAGAAGGACCAGCUGAUUCAAAAGUUCGGAGAUACGAGUUGGGGCCUAACAAUGGGCAAAUUCAUUCACAUGGACCGAUCUGCUUUGCUGACGGUAAGUAGGCGAGACGACAAUCUUAAAAACUCCCAGAAUUUGAAGCGUUGUACAGUGGCGGGCAUGAUCCAGUCAUAAAAAAACGUACCAUUUUGCUUCCGAGAAGUAUCAAAAACGCAGCAAAAUACCUCCCUAUCCAAGCUAAAUGACUCCAAUUUCAAAGGCGCCUUUUUUGUGUUUUUGUGGGUGCACUCUUCGAAACAAAAUUUUUUAGUUGGAGAGGGAGGUAUUUUGCUACAUUUUUGAAACUUCCCGGAUGCAAAAUGAUACAUAUUUUGCCACUGGAUCAUGUCCGCCACUUUAGGUGACAAAAAUACAUAUUGAAAAGCGAACCAAAAUGACUAAUUGUGAUUUUUUCAGAUGGUCUCAAUUGUCUUUACAGUUGUCGCAGUCUGGUUGCAGAUCAGCCACAACAGCGGCGAUCGAGUUUAG